AGUACUACUACUGUUACAACAUCCUUUUAUUUCUCCUCAUUUGAAGAAAGUAAUCCAUGGCGAAGGUUGCGAGUAGUGGGAGCAGUUCCAGAUGGUCUCUUUCAGGGUUUACCGCCCUCGUAACCGGCGGCACUCGUGGAAUUGGGCAUGCGGUUGUGGAGGAACUAGCGGAACUGGGUGCGACAGUGUAUACUUGUUCACGGAAUCAAGCAGAGCUCAAUGAACGCUUGCAAGAGUGGGCAGAAAAAGGCCUUCAAGUCAAGGGUUCUGUUUGCGAUGCUUCUUCAAGGGAGCAGAGAGUUCAGCUCAUGGAGAAUGUCUCCUCUGCUUUCGACGGAAAGCUGAACAUUCUUGUAAACAAUGUGGGGACAAACAUUAGGAAGCCCACCACCGAUUAUACUGCUGAAGAAUAUGCCCAUCUGCUUAGUACCAACUUAGAAUCUGCAUACCAUCUGUGUCAACUUGCUCACCCUCUUUUGAAAGCAUCUGGAAAUGGAUCUGUUGUCUUUAUCUCUUCUGUUGCUGGUCUGGUGCACCUAUCCUCUGGUUCAGUAUAUGGAGCAACAAAAGGGGCAAUGAAUCAGCUCACGCGAAAUCUGGCUUGUGAAUGGGCAAAAGAUAGCAUUCGGGUUAAUGGUGUUGCCCCGUGGUAUAUAAGGACGUCUUUGGUAGAACAUUUGCUCGAAAAUAAAACAUUUUUGGAUGGAGUAAUAUCUAGAACUCCCCUUAGACGCCCUGGAGAAUCUCAAGAAGUUUCAUCCCUAGUAGCUUAUCUUUGUCUACCUGGAGCAUCGUACAUCACCGGGCAAGUUAUAGCAGUUGAUGGAGGUUUCACAGUCAAUGGGUUCGAAAUGACAAGCUACUGAUAUGUGUUUUCGUCUAAAGAUGAUAGCGCAGCUUAUGCCUUGCGUCUCUUUUGUCUGCAGAUACUCAUGCUCUUUCUUUCUUACUGAUCAAGCUGAAACCAUCAUGAAAUAAAAGCUCCAUUUCAUAUCUUCCUUAAUCCUCAUAUAUGCUAUUGAAUUGGUUCGCCGUUAGGCUUCCGAUCUUACAAUAGUCCUUUUAUUUGCAUAUGGCUUAUAACAGAGUUGAUAGCUCCUCUUUCCAUCAACUCCCAGUUAGGAAGUAUUAAAACUUUCACCCAAAUGAAUAAGACUCGCGUUGUUAGGUAAGAAUUGUAGUUAACCUUUGUUUUAGUAGUUCCUCCUCCUCACCAAUUUCAGAAUACUCUUGUGAUAGUUUUAUUUCAGGUGAGCUGGUUAUUGAAUGUUUUAACUGUGACAGCUUAAUUAUUGACUGAAUGAAGUUUUGUGAUGAUGUGCAGAUUAACUGACCCUAGAGAAGGGUUAAUGUUC